GGAGGCUUCCCGCUGAGCAGGGAGCCCCAUGCAGGGCUCCAUCCCAGGACCCUGGGAUCAUGACCCAAGCCGAAGGCAGACUUUAAAUGGCUGAGCCACCCAGGCACCCCCACACCAGACAAUCUGAAGCCUGUCCAAACCAGUGUGAGGCCAGGUGGAGUUUAUGGAAUGGAAGACCUAUUGUUUUUGGUUUGGUUGGUUUUUUCCUAUUGCUGUGUAAUAAAUUGCUACCAACUUAGCAGCUUAAAACAAUGAACAUUUUUAUCUGCUCGUGUCUGUGGCUCAGGAGUUCAGGCACUGCUUCACUGGGCGAAGCUGGAAUUCGCUCUGCAGGCUGGAAGCCAGCGGUCAGCCUGGCCACAUUCCUUUCCAGAGCUGGGGAUUCUCUACCAUGCUCACAUGGUUGGCAGAAUUCAGUUUCCUGCUGAGGUAGGACUGAGGUGUCCCUCCUCUUCCUGAUUGUCAGAGAGGGGCUACUUUCGGCUCUUAGAGGCUUCUGGCAAAUCCUGCCUUGGGGCUCCUGCUCUCUCACCACCUGACAGCUUAUUUCCUCAAGGCCAGCAGAGGCAGCUUUCUGACCCUGGGGAGGGCCCUAGUCCAAAUCAUUCUCUUGUUCCCACCCUCUAUCAACCUUCUGACUAAGAAUCAUCCGGAUUGGGGACUUCAAUUACAUCUGGAAAGGAAUAGUUUCAGCCAGAGAAAUUGGUUCAGGGUAAAGAGACAGAGGCUGUGUUCCUACUGAAGCUUUGUAAAUAUUGUGACAUGUCUGCGAAUAAGUCUAUGUCUCAGAGAACUAUGGCUGUGGCUCCUGGCACACGGAGAUGACUGCAUCCAACAGAUCAGAAACAAAGUUCUGAACAACCUGUGACCCUAUCUGAGCAGAACAUUUUAAUGCAGCUAGCUGCACAGAUUGCCUGUCACUUUUGUUUCUGAACCCUGCUAUGUGAAGCCCCACACUCCAAAUAGUUGCUAGUCUGGGUCCAAGAAGUGAAGACUCCUGCAAGGAAUCCAAGCUGAGCCUAGGAGAACUCAGGAGAACCUACUAGAUUGCAACUCCCAUGUUAUGGAAGCCAGGAACAAAAAACUUACUGUGGUGAGCCACUGGGAUAUUGGGGUUGUUGCUACAGCAAAAACAAAGCUGACUCAGACAAAUAUAUGUACAGAAUGAAUCCUCAUUCUAGGACCACUGCCAGGUCAAGAACACUACCAGUGCCAGAAGUGUCCCCGCGUCUCUCCAAUCCUGUCCUCUUCCUCUUCCCGAAGGUAUGUGUCCUGACAAUACCAUAAGAAGAUUCAGUGACCAGAGCUUCAUAUACAUCUGAUCACGCAGUACUCUAUUUCUAUACACCAAAGGGAGAAAACGUGAUGGACAUUGAGUUUUUAUCCAACCUCUACGUGUGUUUUGCCCAGAAGAGUUGUGAGCAAUGGAAGCCAAUACACUUCAGUCUGAACCCAGGACCUGGUAUGGGAUGCUGAUAUCCAUGCUGAGCCCUGUCACGGGACAGAACAUUUAUGAUGUUGGGCAAUCCGUUGCUCAUCUGGGAGACACUGACAAAUCCCAGGAAAGUACCAGCUGUGGGAAAAACUUGAGACAGAGAUGGGACUUGAAAAACCAAAGGUUAUCCCAGUCAGCUGUAAAGGAUCCUGUAAAAGUAACCUGGAAGCAAAUGUGGUUUGACCUCCUAGCUGCUGGGACUCCACCUGAAAAGACUGUGGACCCCUGCCAAGGCACCCAACAAUGUAAAGAUAUGGAAGUCCCAGGAAACAUCCAUUGCCCAGACCCUCACCAAGGAUCAACAUGCCAUGCUGCUGAGAACACCAAGCCCUCUGAUGCCUGGGAAAGGCAUUGUCUACUGGAAUUUGCAAUGGGAUGUCCCAACGGGAUGGACUUCUGCUGCUCCUGUGGUGUCUGGUCAUGGGCUGGGUACCAGAUAGAAAUACCUGUCUGCAGUGGGCCCACUCAUAUACCUAGCAAAGGAAUCCAUCCAGCUGUUGGCCAGACAGCUGCUGAAGGAGCCACCUUCAUGCUCAAGAAACCCCUUGCUGACUUCUCAGGGCACACCGCAGAAGAUGGAGGCACGUGAGAUUAUAAGAGCCAGUCUAGAGGAAUGGAGUGUUGGAGGAGGUCAUUGAGAGGACGUGACCGCUGAUUGACGGGGGAACUGGACUUCGGCAAUGAAGCAACCCAGAUAAGGCCUCUUUAUAUAAACUUUCAAGAUUCUGGCUGGCAGGUGAGGAGAUCUACUCAUUUUGCAGCCACCCAAGACAAGCCUUGUAAUUUCCCUUGUUUAUUACACCUGCCGCCUACCAAUCUGGAGUGGCCAGCCUGUUUCUUUGGUCUCUCCUUGCCGUCCACAAAUGGGACCAAUUUCAGAUUUUACCCAAGAAUCUCCCAAGGGUGCAAACCAACAACAGUACGAAGAGUUCGUAAUCCACUUUGCAGUCAUUUCACCCAGGCUUAUCUAUGGUUUGCAAAUGAUGCUGAGUGCCUUUCUCAAAAACAUAAGAACUAGGAAGAUAGGUAGGGGAAGAAAGGGAAAAAGAAACGGGGUAAUCAGAAGGGGGAAUGAAGCAUGAGAGAUUAUGGACUCUGAGAAACAA